CGAGCCGUCGUGUUCUCUCUCCUACGUUUGAAAAGUCGCCAGGAACCUCUCAGGAACCCUAUAUACCAUCUCUCUCUCUCUCUCUCUCACACACACACACAUCGACCUAUUUGGUUUUCUCUAACUUGAAUCGUUGAUUAAUUAAAGAAGAAGAGAAUAAACAUGCCAGGGUUAAGCUGCAACGCAUGCAACAAGGAAUUCGAAGGCGAAUCGGACCAGAAGCUCCAUUACAAGUCCGAAUGGCACCGCUACAAUCUCAAACGCAAGGUUGCUGGAGUUCCAGGCGUGACGGAAGUACUGUUUCUUGCUAGACAAAAUGCACUUGCUGAAGAGAAAAAUAAGUCUAGUGAGACUCCUAUGCUCUAUACUUGUGCUGUUUGCAGCAAAGGCUACAGAAGUUCCAAGGCUCACGCUCAGCACCUAAAAUCGCGAAGUCACACAAUGCGGGCUUCCCAAGGAAUGAGUCACAUAGAUGAUAGUGCAAUAAUCAAGCCUCUCCCGCCUCGUGUUGACAACAAGCUUUCCCAACAAAGAGAGCAAGAUGAUGAAGAUAGUGAAGAAAGUGAUGAGUGGGAGGAGGUAGACCCCGAUGAAGAAUUGCUUGGUGAAGCCACAGAUUCUGUGUCUCGUUUGGGUGUAAAUGAGCGGGCAAGCAAUGUUGAUAUGGAUGAGGAUGACGAAGAGUAUGAGUUGGAUCCUUCAUGCUGCUUUAUGUGUGAUUUAGAGCAUGAUGCAAUAGAAAGCUGCAUGGUUCACAUGCACAAGCAACAUGGCUUCUAUGUACCUGACGUCGAGUAUCUGAAAGAUCCAAACGGCCUUCUUACUUAUCUUGGCCUCAAGGUUAAAAGGGAUUUCAUGUGCUUGUACUGCAAUGAGAGACGCCAUCCUUUCAACAGCUUGGAAGCAGUUAGGAAACACAUGGAAGCAAAAAGCCAUUGCAAAGUGCAUUACGGUGAUGGUGGGGAUGAUGAAGAGGCAGAGUUGGAAGAAUUUUAUGAUUACAGCAGCAGUUAUAUGGAUGCAGAUGGGAAGCAACUGGUCGCAUCCGAUGACCAGAGCAGUGGUGUUGAACUUGGAAGCGGUGGGUCUGAGCUCAUAAUAACUCGAAGAACUGAGGACAGAACAUCAACCAAAAUGCUUGGAUCUCGCGAAUAUUUGCGCUACUACCGCCAAAAGCCACGCCCCUCCUCCACACAUGACAUCGCCAUCACUGCUGCACUGGCCUCAAGGUAUCGAAGUAUGGGAUUGGCAACUGUGCAGUCUAAGGAACACAUGGUGAGGAUGAAGGUGAUGAAGGAGAUGAACCGAACAGGCGUGGAGGCCAUGCGCUCUAAGAUUGGCAUGAAGAGUAAUGUCAUUCGCAACCUCCCCAAGAAUGUUACAUAUUAGUCCUUUCAGCAAAAGAUGUUAUGAUCAGCUCAUGUUUCUCUCUUUACAAGUACAAAUUUUACCUUCAAGACAUGGUGGUCUAGUAUAUCUACGUGUUCGGCUUGUGCUACCUGGUUAUGCUCAUUUCUCCUUUCACAUGUAGCAACGUUUGAAGAGCUCAAGCUGAAGUUAAUUUUUUGUUACUUUUUUUUAUUUUGCGCCAGAGAUAGAAUGUCAGUGGAAUAACUUGUUAAAAAUUACGAUUAGGAGUACUGAUGUUGCUCCAUUUACUCAAACUCCUGCAAGGUGGGUUGCUACACGACUGUUGUGCUCUAGUUGGGAGCUGUAAGUUUAUUGUUAUUCUGGGAAUGCGUAGCGCGCGCUGAGGUUCUCUCUGGGAGUGUCAUGUCAAAUUAUUAAUUUGAAUUCAGGAGGGCCUAUAGGCUUUGAAUGGAGAUGUUUCUGGCA